AUGGAGAUGGGGGACGAUGGCUUGGGAUUCGACAUGAAUCCCAUGAUGAACCAGACCCCGCAGCUAUAUAACUAUGACAACCCUAUGCAAAGUGGCGCAGGGUCCAUGUACGACGACUCGUCAUUAGGCGCGGGGGACGAGACCAAUGACGCCAAAAGACGGAGGAUCGCGAGGGCCUGCGACAUGUGUCGCAAGAAAAAGAUCAAAUGCGAUGGCAAAAUGCCCAAGUGCUCACACUGCAUCAAUUACAAGACGGAAUGCAUUUUCACCCAAGUUGAGAAAAAGCGCAACCCACCAAAAGGAGCGAAAUAUAUCGAAGGCCUCGAGAACCGCUUGGGGCGCAUGGAGUCGCUGUUGCGCUUAUCGGGUCUCCUGUCGGAGGACGAUGGCGGCAAGACAGAUCUAGGAACGUUGGAGAAACGACUCGCCGAUCGAACAAACGCAUUGAAUGCAGCCAACGCAGCAAGUGCAGCGAAUGCUCCGAAUACAGCGAAAAGCGCAAACAAAUUCAUGGCUCAAGCAGCACAGCAAGCCCCGAGCUCCCACCAGACCACUCCUCGAAUGGACUCCCACUCCAGCCCUCAAACGGCCGCUACGUCACCAGAAUCACACAAGUCGGAAACAGAAGUUGAGGCUUUGUCGGAUAUGAUGUGUUCAUUGGUGACAAAUAACUGCGGCGAGACUCGGUACAUUGGGUCCUCAUCUGGAUUCUCCAUAUUCUCCCCCAAAGGUAUCCAAUGGGUUAACGAGAAAACUGGCGAUACCUCUUUCCAAGACAUGAUCUCAUCAGCAUACGUGGAUGAUAACAAGUGGAUGUACUGGAAGCCUGAGAUCUUCAGCGAUAUCUUCGCAAGACGUGUCUUCAAACCUUUACCACCAAAAGAAGAGGCGCUCUCUCUAUUCAAGGAUUUCUUCGAAAACUUCAAUUGCAUGUUUCCGUUGUUCCACGAAGCCACAUUCAUGCACCUGGUCGAGCGGCAAUAUUCGCGCGAUCCCUACGAGGGCUCGGGCUGGUGGGCCAGCAUCAAUGUCGUUCUGGCCAUCUCUCACAGACUCAGAGUGAUGAGCAAUCUGGUACCACAUGAGGAGGACAAAAAGGCUUGGCUCUAUUUGAAGAACGCCAUGGGGGUUCUGACAGAGCUCACAAUGCGCAACACAGAUCUUUUGAGUGUGCAAGCACUCUUGGGCAUGUCCUUGUUCCUCCAAGGGACCCCUAAUCCACAACCUGCUUUCUUCCUUGUUGCCGCGGCCAUUCGGUUAUCUCACAGCAUUGGUUUACACAAACGUGGUUCCGGCUUCGGUCUCAACCCAGUCGAGGUCGAGCAACGGAAGAGAGUCUUUUGGAUUGCCUAUCUUUGUGACAAAGAUAUUUGUCUAAGAUCCGGUCGACCGCCAGUACAAGACGACGAUGACAUGAACGUUGAGCUACCUAGUGAAGACCCACCGGAUAAUGUUGGAAACGUACCUCUGUCCGACGGCAGAAGCAAAUUCAACCUGUUCCGGUCUCUCUGUGAAUUUGCCGCCAUUGAGAGUCAUGUUUACAAGCGACUUUAUUCUGCCAAAGCAUCGAAGCAGUCAGACGGUGAACUGCUCAAUACUAUUGGCGAACUCGACAAAGAAUUAGAAGAUUGGAAGGAUAGUAUUCCUGUCGACUUCCGACCUGAGUACGAAAUUCAAGCCACCCACACACCCCUCAUCAUCCACGUUGUUGUGUUACAUUUCGCCUACUACAACUGUUUGACGACAAUUCACCGCAUGUCUGUUCACCAUGGCUAUUGGACCAGUCGUCUGUCCAAUUACGCCAUACAAGGACUCAAUGCUCGGCCCUUGAACCCCAGGGUCUUCCUCUCUGCAGUUCUCUGUGUCACAGCUGCUAGAGCUUCAAUCAAUUUGAUCAAGUAUAUUCCACAAGGAGACUUUGCUUGUGUUUGGUUGAUUCUUUACUACCCUGUCUCUGCUCUUGUGACACUUUUCGCCAACAUACUGCAAAACCCCAACGAUGCCCGUGCUCGAUCUGACGUCAAGCUGAUGAGCGUGGUGGUCAACUUCCUCUCUACCCUUGUGUCCGAUGAAUCUAAUGGCAGCAUCAAGCGUAUGCUUGGUCUCUGUGGCGAGUUUGAAAGAAUCGCCAAGGUGGUGUUGGAUAAGUCGGAAAAGGAAUCCCAUUCUCGCAAGAAACGCAAGAACGCCCCAGAAGACAAAGCCGAACAAGGCGAAGAAGAGGGCCACUCAAGGACAUCUCCAUCCGCCAAACGUACACAGCCACCAUCCACCUCCGCGGCCUUCUCGCCCUCUGUUUUCACAACUCCAACUGGCCCAGUCCCCUCUCCUGGUCCAGGUAGAUCCUUCUCAGGGGCAACAAUGCCGCCAACAACUGGAAUCCCCGCUGAUCUUCCAAGCAAUGUGCAUUCCAUACCUGGCGCCGGACCAGCAUUUUCAGACAUGCUCAGCCCUGAGCAGAUGGCGGGUGUCGGGUUCCCCGAACAGCCUCAAUUUGGCACUGCUAGCCCCGGAAUUGCGCCAUUCCAACAACCAUUCGUCCCUCAAGAUCUGUGGCAAAUGCCCAUGACAAUUGAAUGGGACUGGGCAGAAAUGUCUACUAAUUUUCCCCCGUUUGAUGGUGCUGGCCCACCACCGGGACAGUGA